AUGGAUGUGACAUUCGAGAUCCCAAAAGGAAAGCAGUUCACCAUUGAGGUGGGUUUCUUUGACACUGUGAUUGAGAUAAAAGAGAAGAUCAACAAGUAUCAAGGGGUCCCCGUUUCCAAACAAACCUUGGUUUUCAAUGGCGAAGUCAUGGCCGAUGAUAAAAACACCGAGUUCUAUCAAGUCCUACAAGGGUCUCGCAUUCAACUUAAGCUUGAACCAGAAGCAGCAAAAACUGUUGUUAAGGUAGAAGAGUCGGUGCCAUCAACCAAAGUUCAACUCCCUAUAAGGGUGCCCUCCACCAAGAAACAGUAUUCCCUUGAAAUGGAUGUUAAUGAUUGCGUUGGCCAAUUGAAAGAGAAGAUUCAAGAAGUGGAAGAAGUUUGUGUUAGUCGACUUGUAUUACUUCAUUCCGAUAUCCAAUUACAAGAUGCUCAUCGAUCACUUGGUGAUUAUGGACUCUCCGAUUUAUCAGAGGUGACUGUCAUUUUUAAACCCUCACCAACAACAAUAACAAGUGCAGGAGGUAAUUCAGUGAAUUCGAAAAAACUGAAGUUGUUGAUUCUGCCAAAGUGUGGUACGAAGAAAAUUCAAAUAGAGGUGAACCCUUCAGAUAAUGUUGGGGAAUUGAGGAAAGAACUGCAAAGGUUGCACAAAAAUCGUCACCUUCAUCUUCCUAGUGAAGGAUACUUCUUUAUCUAUAAACAGAACGUAAUGGAUGAUGAUCGCUCGUUUCGUUGGCACAAUGUGCGACAAGGUGACACAAUAGAGAUCUUUAAUGGGACUGUAACUGGUGGAUCCUGAAUCUUCUCUUUUAUUAAUUGUUGUUGAAUUUUCUUCUUCUUCUUCUUCUUCUUCUUCUUCUUUUGACAUAAGAUAAUACAAUCAAUGUAGGCAGAAAUUACUGUGUGGUUUUAAUUUGCUUAAUUAAUUGGCUUCUUAAUUAAAGCCAUAUUAAGUUCAAUUAUCAUCCAAUACACGACCCAGUAUUAUCUAUUA